GGUUUGUAUGUGUGUUGCAGGUAGAGGAGGCAGUGGCAGGAUUUGCUCCCUUGGCACGACACAAAUUUCUUACUUUCGAUCCCGAUUUUACUCUGCCUGAGAUGCAUGUGCACAGACCACCACCUCAUGAGUGGCAAGUAACAGCAUAUGCGACAGCUGAUGAGUACAACCUUGAGAAACUUCUUGAUGGGCUGACUAGACAAGGACUCUACACCAGAGCCAGCAUAACACCAGGUAACCAUCCUUCGGAGCAUGGCACCCACAGAACAGCCUCUGGCUUAAUCUCUGGUGGUCGUGCACAGGCUACUUCAAGUUCUGCUUCCUCAAUGUCACCACCAGUGCCUGAUGCCAAUGAUGUUUUGCAUAUGGUUGCCACUUACCAGCUAGAGACAGAGCACAGAGAAAUUUACUUCUUCAGAGAGGGCUCUGUUGUUUUCUGGAAUGUAGCAGAAUUGGAAAGAGCAAAUGUUCUUAGAUAUUUAAAAUCAUAUGAGGAAGGCAAGUAUGAUGAGCAAGCGGUGGAGGAGGAAAGUGAAAGCCUCACCUAUAGGUACAGCGAAGGACCAUCAAAGACAAAAUUGGUUAAUGACAAAAUCUUCCUGAACCCAGAGGGUCAAACAGACUUGGAAAAGUAUACCUUCAGUAAUGCCAUGACUUUGUCUGUGAAGCUAGGAAUAUGGGAAGCAUCGCUUGAUAGAUAUAUAAAUAACAUAGAGUAUGUUUCAGAGGAGCUGAGCAAACAUGGGCGUGUGGUGCUGAGCCAGACACAGGUGUUACAGCGUAUGGGACAACUCUUUGCCCUCCGCCACCUCAUUAAUCUGAGCUCAGAUCUCCUGGAUGUGCCAGACUUUUACUGGGAAUAUGAAGAACUGGAACAACUUUAUAAAAAAGUUUCAAAUUACCUCAGUAUCUCUAAGCGAACUUCUGUGAUGAAUGUCAAGCUGAACCACUGUAUAGAAUUGAUGGAGUUGCUUAAAAGUCACCUGAGUGAGCAGCACGCCUCCCGAUUGGAGUGGAUCAUCAUAAUUCUUAUUAUGGUUGAAGUUGGCUUUGAGCUCCUACACUUCCUGGAGCGCCUUUACUGAUCCAUCCUACCAAAGGGCAGUCGUCACAUCUUAAGGUGUAUUAUAAUCAAAUGUGAUCAAAACAUUGGUUAGGUCUACAUUACCACAGCCUGUGGGCAUUAGUUACUCCAAAAGAAGAGAAUUAUUCCUCAAAAAUAAGAUGAUCUGUUAUCAUCUGUCUGGCAAGCAGUAAUGCUUUAUAACUAACUUUUCAUUCUUCUAAAUGGAUGUGGAAGAUACUGUGUCUCAUGUCUGGGUUUUAAGACCAUAAUUAAUACAACUUAAAUUUAUUAAACUUCAUUUUUUU